GAAACUUCAUAUCCCUUCCUUAACACGAAAUCUCUCCAACUUCUACCCCCAACAACGUCUACUCCCUCAUCUACUUCUACCUUAACCUAACUUUAUCAACGCUACUAUUACUCCUACUUCUACUCCUACUCUUACUUCUACUCUUACUCGUACCCCUACUCCUCCUCCUAAGCCUACUCCCGCGCCUACUCGUACCCCUACUCUAACCUAAUAUCAUCCUCGCCACUCCCUCAACCGACACGGACAAUAACAAUGGCGACUAUCUACCUCGUCCACGUCCCAGUGUCUACCGACAACAACACCAACAACAUUCUCUUCGAGUGGAUGUUCUACACAACAGUCUUCUGCCUCUCAACCUUGGCAUGGGUGGACUACUGCCGAUGGGCGUCGUACCCUCUUGUCCCACAGCGCCGUCAAGUCGUGGAUGAGAUUGUCGAGAUGGCGCCACCGUGUCCCGAUUCCCUCGGACUGGUCUGGAUGUUAUGUGCCUAUAUGUGGUGUCACUGCAAAUUCAUCGGCCUCCCCUCCAUCAUGACAACCCACACUUUCCGCGGCAACCCUACUCCCCUCGAACACGUCCCCAAGCGACUUCCGGUGAUAGUGGCAGAGUACUGGUCGGGAAUCACCAUGCUCGCGCUCAUACUCCAGCUCCAAGUCUACCUGUGGUGGGUUCGUGUCGCCCUCGUCGCAGAAGAGGCGCACGGUACCCAUGAUAAGGGCUUCGCGACCCUAGGACCGUACACCCAACUCCUCGUGCGACGCGCCUUAUCGGUAUUCGUGAGCUAGGCGCUCCUGUCUACUUACGGCGUGUUCUUUGCCCUCGCGAGGGAGCUGCAGACAACACCCAGGCAAAUGCUAGGCGGCGUGGUUGCGAAUAUCGUUCUACUGCCCUUAUUCGCGUUUGUCCUAGCAGCCGCUUUCCUACUCUAAGCGAUGGAUGGACUUUCUUGCGAGGCCGAUUUGGUCAGUUCUACGGCUCGUAACUUAUAACCUAAGGUCUACUAUAGCUCGGAUUUUGAAGAGCUCCUAAAUUCCUACGAUGAUAAUCUAAAUCGAGGAAGAAUUCGACACGUCGGAAUAUGAUGUCGGCUGGCUUGGGCACAUAAUUGUGCACCAGCACGUAUUGGGUUUUUGCCCUUUUAAGGGUGGGAGUUUAAUGGAUAAUGAGGAUAUCUAUAAUAGCCAUGGCGAAUCAUCCACACUAUGGAGGGACUGGCGAAAGAUACAAAACGUCGAGAUCGAUAUGAUGAAGGAUUCCACUCCAAACCCCCCAUAACUCCUAUCAUGUACCUAACCUACCUACCUAACUAAUGUAUGUAAAGGAGUCACAUCACAUGAAGUACAUAGCUUCUAUUACCUGCCUCUCGGUCGGUGAAUUAAGACAAUGCAAUGAAAUGAAAUGAAAU